AUGGCGCUUGGUAAAUAUUUGCGCAUUGCAUGUGAGCUGCUCCUGGCUGCUGCCAUCUUCUGCCUGGUAUUCUGGGUGGUCAGAGUCUCAAGGCCUCGGGUCCCCAAAGGCCUAAAGAGUCCACCAGGGCCCUGGGGCUGGCCAUUGAUAGGGCACAUGCUGACCCUAGGGAAGAACCCUCACGUGGCUCUGGCAAAGCUCAGCCAGAAAUAUGGGGACGUGCUGCAGAUCCGCAUUGGGACCACACCUGUGGUGGUGCUGAGUGGCCUGGACACCAUCCAGCAGGCGCUAGUGAGGAAGGGUGAUGACUUCAAGGGCCGGCCAGACUUCUACACCUUCACCUUUGUUACUAAUGGCCAGAGCAUGACCUUCAGCCCAGACUCUGGACCAGUGUGGGCUGCCCGCAAGCGCCUGGCCCAGAGUGCCUUGAAGAGUUUCUCCAUAGCCUCGGACCCCACUUCUGCAUCCUCCUGCUACUUGGAGGAGCACGUGAGCAAGGAGGCUGAGUGCUUAAUCAGCAAGUUCCAGGAGCUGAUGGCAGAUGUUGGGCACUUUGACCCCUACAGAUAUGUGGUGGUGUCAGUUGCCAAUGUCAUCUGCGCCAUUUGCUUUGGCCAGCGCUAUGAUCAUAACAACCAAGAGCUGCUUGAUCUAGUCAACCUGAAUAAUGAGUUUGGGGAGGUGGCUGCCUCUGGAUACCCAGCUGACUUCAUCCCUAUCCUCCGCUACCUGCCCAACCCUACCCUGGAUGGCUUCAAGGACCUGAAUAAGAAGUUUGAACACUUCAUUGGGAAGCUGGUCAAGGAGCACUACAGAAAAUUUGAGAAGGGUUACAUCCGGGACAUCACAGACAGCCUGAUUGAGCACUGUCAGGACAGGAGGCUGGAUGAGAAUGCCAAUAUUCAACUGUCAGAUGAGAAGAUCAUUAAUGUCGUUUUGGACAUCUUUGGAGCUGGGUUUGACACGGUCACAACUGCCAUCUCCUGGGGCUUAAUGUACCUGGUGACAAACCCUAGGAUUCAGAGAAAGAUCCAGGAGGAACUAGACACAGUGAUUGGCAGGGAACGGCGGCCCCGGCUCUCUGACAGACUCCAGCUGCCCUAUAUGGAGGCCUUUAUCCUGGAGCUCUUCCGACAUUCCUCCUUCGUCCCCUUCACCAUUCCCCACAGCACUAUAAGAGACACAAAUCUGAAUGGCUUUUAUAUCCCCAAGGGGCGUUGUGUCUUUGUGAACCAGUGGCAGAUCAACCAUGACCAGAAGCUGUGGGGUGACCCAUCUGUGUUCCGGCCUGAACGGUUUAUCACUUCUAGUGGCACUGUGGACAAGACACUGAGUGAGAAGGUCAUUCUCUUUGGCUUGGGCAAGCGCAAAUGCAUCGGAGAGACCAUUGCCCGCUUAGAGAUCUUUCUCUUCAUGGCCGUUCUUAUGCAGCAGCUGGAAUUCAGUGUGUCACCGGGCAUGAAGGUGGACAUGACCCCCAUCUAUGGGCUGACAGUAAAGCAUCCCCGCUGUGAGCACUUUCAGGCACAGGUGCGCUCUUGUGGACCUGAGAGCCCUGAGGCCUAGACUCUGACUGCAGGG